AUGGUUCCCACGGAACCGGAGCUGAUCUCACUUAUCGAAUCAACGAGGGUCACUGUGAACCUCCAGUGCCUGAGAGCUGCUGCCCUGCAUGUGGCAUGGGGUUACAGGGACGGCUCCUGCAGCCCCGUGUCGACAGAGGGAAAGGUGUUCUCCCCUCCCAGACCAACCUGGGCACUGAGCGAAGGUGUCUUCAAGUGCCCGGAGGACCAGCUGCCCCUGGACUACGCCAAGAUCUACCCCGACCCGGAGCUGGAGGCGCAGGUGCUGAGCCUGGCCAUCCGCUGCAUCCACAGCGAGGAGGGCUGUCGCUGGAGCGGGCUCAUCAAGCACCUCCAGGCCCAUCUCAGCACCUGUGGCUUCAAUGUGAUCCCCUGCCCCAACCGGUGCAGCGCCAAACUGAGCCGCCGCGACCUGCCCGAGCACGUCCAGCACGGCUGCCCCAAGCGCCGGGUCAAGUGCGAGUUCUGCGCCAGUGACUUCACUGGGGAGGCCUUUGAGGGCCACCAGGGCACGUGUCCCCAGGAGAGUGUGUACUGCGAGAACAAGUGUGGGGCCCGCAUGAUGCGGCGCCUGCUGUCCCAGCACGCCCUGGCUGAGUGCCCCAAGCGCACCCAGCCCUGCACCUACUGCUCCAAGGAGUUUGUCUUCGACACCAUCCAGAACCACCAGUACCAGUGUCCCCGGUACCCUGUGCCGUGCCCCAACCAGUGUGGGACACCCAGCAUCCCCCGGGAGGACGUGCCCACCCACCUCAAGGAGAGCUGCAACACUGCCAUGCUGCUGUGCCCCUUCAAGGAGGCUGGCUGCAAGCACCGGUGCCCCAAGCUGGCCAUGGGUCGGCACCUGGAGGAGAGCACCAAGGCACACCUGGGCAUGGUGUGUGCCCUGGUGAGCCGGCAGCGGCAGGAGAUCCUGGAGCUGCGGCGUGACGUGGAGGAGCUGUCGGUGAGCAGCGACGGGACCCUCAUCUGGAAGAUCGCCGACUACGCCCGCAAGCUGCAGGAGGCCAAAGCCCGCAGCAACUACGAGUUCUUCAGCCCCCCCUUCUACACCCACAAGUACGGCUACAAGCUCCAGGUCUCGGCUUUCCUCAACGGCAACGGGAGCGGGGAGAGCAGCCACCUCUCCGUCUACAUCCGUGUGCUGCCGGGAGAGUACGACAACCUGCUGGAGUGGCCCUUCUCCUACCGCGUCACCUUCUCCCUGCUGGACCAGAGCGACCCCUCGCUCUCCAAGCCCCAGCACAUCACCGAGACCUUCCAUCCCGAUCCCAACUGGAAAAACUUCCAGAAGCCGGGAGCCUCACGCAGCUCCCUGGACGAGAGCACCCUGGGCUUCGGCUACCCCAAGUUCAUCUCCCACGAGGACAUCAGAAAACGGAACUACGUGCGGGAUAAUGCCAUCUUCAUCAAAGCCUCGGUGGAGAUCCCCCAGAAGAUCCUGGCCUGA